GGGGAACCAGCCUGUGUGUGUGGAGAGAGCAGGAGUGAGGACGAGUGUAUGGAGAGACCAGCAGGAGUGAGGACACUGGUGCUGCACUUGUUUUACACUCAUCAGUUGCUUGUUUUAUUAUUUCAGAGUUGGCAACACAGCCUGCACUGAGCUCUGAUGGGCACAGCCGCUGACCAGCCACACAGCAGACAGUAAGCGGCGGGUGAGCGAACACUACCCGGGCACCAUGGUCGCUGGCACUCUCCUGGUGGGCGCUGCACUGCUGCUGGGCUUGUCCCGGGGCUUUAACCUGGACGCUGAGAAGCCCCGGGUCUACGCUGGUGCUGAUGGCAGCUACUACGGCUUUGCAGUGGACUUCUUCACCCCUGAUGCUAAUUCUAAGUUCUUGCUCAUUGGGGCUCCCAAAGCCAACACCACCCAGCCUGGCAUCACCCAAGGCGGAGACGUGCAGAAGUGCGAGUGGAACGGUGACAAGUGCCAGUCUAUUGCCUUCGACUCGACUGGUAAUCGAAAUUUUGCCCCCAGCGACCCCAUUGAGUUCAAAUCAAAUCAGUGGUUUGGGGCAUCCCUGACGGCCAGGGGCAACAAGAUCCUGGCCUGUGCCCCGCUCUAUCACUGGAGGACGGAGGCGAAACCCGAAAGGGAGCCAGUUGGCACAUGUUACCUCAAGGAUGGAGACAACAUUGUGGAAUAUGCCCCCUGCAGAUCCAAUUUCAAAACUGAUGCCCAGGAACAAGGCUUUUGCCAGGGCGGAUUUAGUGUUGAUUUCACCAGUGCAGACAGAGUUGUCCUCGGAGGGCCUGGCAGCUUCUACUGGCAGGGCCAAAUUAUUUCGGACACUGUGGAAGACAUUUUGAAGAUGUACAAUGCCAAAAAAUACAGCGUGACUUAUGCCAAUCAGCUGGCCACCCGAGCAGCCAGCCCCCAGUACGAUGACAGCUACUUGGGGUACUCUGUGUCCGUGGGGGAUUUUGACGGUGACAAUGUGGAAGAUUUUGUUUCUGGCGUUCCGAGAGCUGCAAAGACUUUGGGAAUGGUCUCUAUUUAUAAUGGUUUAAGUAUGGUUUCCAUGUACAAUUUCACCGGAGAACAGAUGGCAGCUUACUUUGGAUAUUCUGUAGCCACCACUGAUAUAAAUGCAGACGGCCUGGUGGAUUUGUUCAUUGGGGCUCCACUUUUUAUGGAUCGGGCAUCAGAUGGCAAGCUUCAGGAAGUUGGACAAGUGUCUGUUUACAUUCAGCAAAGCAAAGGUGGACUCCAGCUCCUGUCAAAACUGACUGGUUCCGAUCCAUUUGCAAGAUUUGGAAGUUCUAUUGCGGCCCUUGGUGAUGUGGACCAGGAUGGCUUUAAUGACAUUGCCGUUGGUGCACCUUAUGCAGGAGAAGGUAAAAAAGGCCUGGUGUACAUUUACAACGGAAGGAACUCUGGUGUAAGCACUACACCUUCCCAGGUACUUGUUGGACAGUGGGCUUCCAAAAGCAUGCCAGCAAGUUUCGGAUACUCAUUAAAAGGAGCUACAGAUGUUGAUGAUAAUGGCUAUCCAGAUUUAGUCGUUGGAGCUUUUGGGGCAGAUAGGGCCAUAUUAUACAGGUCUAGGCCUGUUGUCACUGUGAAUGCUAUUUUGGAUGUGACUCCAUCAAUCCUAAACCCUGAAAGCAAGACCUGUACCAUUUCCAGUGGAGUUCAAGCCUCCUGCUUUGAUGUAAAAUUCUGUCUCAAAGCCAGCAGUAAAGGCAAUAUACCCAACAGCCUCUCAUUUAAGGUAGAGCUAUUACUAGAUAAACUGAAACAGAAGGGAGCUGUACGACGUGCGCUAUUCCUUUACACAAAGCAGCCCACAUACACCAAAGUCAUGACUAUAGACAAUGGUGGAGCCAUGCGUUGCGAAGAAUUACAGGCAUACUUACGGGACGAAAGCGAGUUCCGGGACAAGCUUACUCCUAUAACUGUUUUCAUGGAUUAUCAAAUGGAUUAUGAAGCCGCUGCUGAUCCUUCUGGACUAAUGCCUAUCCUGAACCAGUUCACUCCGGCAAACCUAACCAAACAGGCACACAUUUUGCUGGAUUGUGGUGAAGACAAUAUAUGCAAACCAAAGUUGAUUUUGGCAGUAGAAAGCGAGCAAAAGCAAAUUUAUAUCGGAGAUGACAGCCCCUUGACCCUGUAUGUUGACACUCAAAAUCAAGGUGAAGGCGCCUACGAGGCAGAACUUUUUGUCCACAUGCCACCACAGGCCGACUUCAUCGGCGUCGUCCGAAACAAUGAAACCUUCUCAAGAUUGUCCUGUGCGUUUAAAAUGGAGAAUCAGACACGACUUGUUGUAUGCGAUCUUGGAAAUCCCAUGAAAGCUGGAACCAAGCUGCAAGCAGCCCUACUCUUCAGUGUUCACCAGAUGAGUGAAAUGGACAAUACCGUGAUCUUUGACUUACAGAUACAAAGCUCAAACCAGUAUGACAAUUCCAGUGAAAAAAAGUCUCUGCAAAUUGCCCUUGCAGUGUUAGCAGCUGUUGAAAUAAGAGGGGUCUCUACACCCAAUGAAGUGUUCCUGCCAAUUGCAAACUUCGAGCCCAGGGAAAAUCCAGUGACGGAAGACGAUGUCGGGCCACUUGUUCAACAUAUCUUUGAACUACGAAACAAUGGACCCAGUGCGUUCAGUAAAGCCAUCCUUACUAUACAGUGGCCAUACAAGUACAAAGGCAACACUUUGCUGUACAUUGUUAAAUAUGAAAUUGAUGGACCUAUGGACUGUACUUCUGAUGUUGUAAUCAACCCUCUCAAUCUGAAAUCCACUUCGCAGACAGAUGAUGAUAAAAAUGUGACCCGAAAUGAACGCAAUCGCCGGGAUCUUCCGGUAGUAGAAGGUGACUUGCAGACCCUCGGCUGUGGGACAGCCCAGUGUCUUAAGAUUGAAUGUCACGUAGAGCGGGUAGAAAAAGGAAAAAGUGCCAUUCUAUAUAUUAGAUCAAGAUUAUGGACAGAGACUUUUAUGAACAGCGAGAACCAAAAUCAUUCCUUCUCCUUAAAGUCAUCUGCCGCAUUCAGCGUUCUGCAAUUUCCUUACGAAAACAUGAAUCUUCCCGAUAUAAACAGUUUUACGGAGGUCACAACGAACAUUCUCUGGGUUAAUCAGUCAUCCAGCGCUCCAGUCCCGGUGUGGGUGAUAGUACUUGCAGUGUUAUCAGGUUUGCUGCUCUUAGCGCUAAUGGUUCUCAUCAUGUACAAGCUUGGCUUCUUUAAACGAGUGCGGCCUCCACAAGAGGAAGCGGAAAGAGAGCAACUUCAGCCACAAGAAAAUGGUGAAGGAAACACUGAUGCUUGAGUUAACCCCCCCACAGGAAUAUAUGUGAGAAUGGAAUCCAGCUUAAAGUGGGCGUGGCACUGUGGAGGCAACCAUUUUGUGGACGGCAUCAAUAUCCAAAUUCUGGCUAGGAACUAGUGACCUCACUGAUGUAUUGGCAACAAGGCCCGUAUGCCUCAGUAUUGCAGUCUCCUGAUUAACUCAGCUCACAAAAUGGCUGCCCCCACUGUGUGUAGGUGAUGUAAUCACUGUAAUGUAAGCCUAAUGCUGAAAUCUUUCUUAGCACCUAGUUGAUAAUAAUAUACUUUUCUAGGUUUUGUUUUUUUUCUUCAAUGCUUGAAACUUUGCAUUUUACAGCACUGGGUAUUAUUCAAAUUGGCAUUAACAUAUAAAAGUGCAAUAUUUUAUAGACCUGUUUUGGACCCUGUGGUGUGCUUGUUGACAAUGAUGAACCUGCAAACUCUCAGACCGGGAAGUCACCAUUAUUAUUUUUUCUUAAACUGGUGCUUAGGCAACUGCAUAAAGGGGGCUAUCCAGAGGUGGAAGCAUUUAUGAGAAAAAUGGACAUAGUUAUUGACAGGCGGUGGGCGGGGGCGGCGGUGGGGGGGAGUGGUGAAGGAAACGCAGGCGUAUCAUGGGCGUUUUCAAGGUGGCUGGAUGACAUUGCCUGCGUUUCCUGCGAUGGUAAACAUGGCGGUGGUGCUCCUGGGUACGCAGCCAGGGGUCGUCCUUUAUUUGCCAAUUUCUGCAAUCGCAAUUGAUAUGCAAUCGCAUCGCUGGGUGGCACUACACAUGCCCGUGGCCUAGCCCUAUGGUGGCCGACCCCCAGCAUGCAAUUUUUUCAGUAGCAGUUUUUUCUAUUUUUUUGCAAGAACUGCUACCAACUCUGAAUAACCCCCAACAUGUGCUGUAACCCACAGCAACUAACCAGAAGCUGACAUUUUUGCACCGCACAUAAAAAAUAACAGCAAAUGUUUAAAUAACGGCUACGGUUUACAGUAGAUUUUGUAAGCGUUUCCUGUGCACCAGUUCUAAUAAAUGCAUGAUUACUGCCUGAGGUAAACUGAGGGGUCAAAUUUCGGGUUCACUAUGGUAUGCCGGCGGUCGGGCUCCCGGCGACCAGCAUACCGGCGCCGGAAGGCCGACCGCCGGCUUACCGACAGUGUGGUGAGCGCAAAUGAGCCCCUUGCGGGCUCGCUGUGCUCGCCACACUAUUUUAUUCUCCCUCCAGGGGGGUCGUGGACCCCCACGAGGGAGAAUAUGUGUGGGUAUGCCGGCUGUCGGGAUCCCGGCGCCGGUAUACUGUGCGCCGGGAUCCCGUCAGUCGGCAUACUGAAGACCACCCCAAAUUUCCACUGUACCGUUUAAAAAGGAAGCAAACACAUGUCAUCAGUUUUAUAACUUGUGUUCUUUUUCAGGCCUUUUGUACUUUUGAAAUCAGUUAGAGUAUACUGUAUUAUACAUUACUGCCAACAGGAUUAACAGUUGCUUCAUCCACUGUGGCCGAGAUUUAUACGCAGCUUUAAGCAAUGUAACAGUAGCACGUUAGAAAACGUGGGAGACUGUAUCUUGGAGUGUUUGUGUCAACACACAACGUCUACUGAUUUCCUGUAGGAGUCUGCACAUUUAGUUACUCCUAAAUACCCAAAGCAAUAGUGUACAGUCAUUAGGCAAUUCUUAUUUACAGCAUAACUAUGAUAAUAUCUGUCUUCCAAGCCUCAGUCUACCACUUUUCUUAAGCCCCAUAUAGACGGGCCGAUGCGGGGAGAGAUGUGUGCUGAGCGAACCGCUCAGCACACAUCACUCUUGCCACUCAGCACAGCGCGAUCUGUGCUG